AUGUCGCAAUCAAACACAUUCUAUGCGAAUCCAUCUGCUGCGCUGCAAAUGAACGACAAGAAGCCUAUUGCACCACACAAGCCAAAGCUGGUUGAAGGACAAGUACCACAGCCAAAGCGGCGUGUGAAGACGGGUUGCCUGACUUGUCGGAAAAGACGCAUCAAAUGCAUCCCUGCAGAAGAUGGGUCACCGGACUGCAACAACUGUACAAAAACGAAGCGUGUCUGUAUACCGGCGCCUCCUGUCGUCCCUGCUAGCUCCGGCAAGAGACGGCCUUCUACAGCAAAAAGAUCAACCAGCGACCAGUCAGUACCACGACGUGAGAAUACCAGUGGUCCAACUCAACCAGCACAAAGCGGAUACAGCCAUUCAUUUGAGCAAGAAACGCUGCAUAGAGAUCUACAGACAGGGGUCCCGAGCCUCGCUAACGGCAAUGGCUAUGUAUUGAAUCAGGAGAUGAUGCAACCGAGGGGCUCCACAAUGGUAGAACUAGAGAACUACCUGCUACCUCUGGGUGGUCUGCAGCCGACAGGUGACAUUGGCUACCCGUACCUUUCGCCAGGGCUGCCGCCUGAAGUGGAGAUUACAGACUCCUUUCCCUUCACACACACAGGCCCUUACGGUCAAGACAUGGUUGAUUACAGUGGUCAGCGUACAGCGAGCUUCUCUACCCAUUCGGCAAGUUUGUCUACCCCGGGGCCUCUCAUGAACAGUUCUUUGCCGACCACGAUGGAUGGGUUGAACACAUUCUCAGCCCAAGAGGACUUUGAGGUCUCCGACCAGCCGCUUGAAGGAGGUGCUCCUCUCAUCAUGGAUCAUGCGAUGCAGCAACAUCUCCUUCACCAGCAAAUACAAGCCCAGCAAAUGCAACAGCAGGAAGACAUGUUGCAACACUCACAGCCGCAAUUUCCAACGUCUUCAUAUGCGCCUGCCAUGGCGCCCCAUAUCUCGCAAUCCACAUCCGCCAAGUCCUCGCCUCAGAAUAUGUAUACCUUCUUGAAGGAUAACACGCAGUACAUGGACAACGAGCAAACAACAGCAUUAGAGUGGCGCUCACCUCCACCUGCGCAGCUCAAUCCAGAUCAGCAGUACUUUUUGAAUCAAUUUAUCAGGAAUCCACCUAUUGCCUACGGUACUUUGGAUGAACGCUAUAUUGAGUCUCCCGGACAACCCCCUAAGCUCAGCAUACGCGAGUCAAACUUUUGGUCCUUUGUCAUGCCAAGUAUGGCGCUCAGAUGUCCAGCUCUUCUUCAUGCUCUUCUCGCACUAUCUGAAGUGCGCGAAGCGAAUAUGCAGAGCAACUCGGACUGUGAAAAUCGUGCGUUGCUGAAUUAUCAUCAAGCAGUCAGAAAAUUGGGCAAAGCCAUCAAAGUCCCCGGAUCGAGCUCACGAGACGAGUUGCUGGCUGCGACGCUUGUUUUAGCGUACUAUGAAACGACCAGUGGUGAGACGAUGCGCUGGGGCAGACAUCUCGAGGGCAGUGUCUUUUUGGUGAAGCAGCGGAUAGCAUCGACCUACAAUAUCAACGAGAACGCGCAAUUCCAAUUCCUCAAGAUGCCAUCAACGGCUGAGCAUCUCAUUUGGUUCCACAUCCAUCAAGAUGCUGUGCAAAGUUUGCUCUCUGGCACAGGCCUUUACCUUGACAUGCAGUAUAUUCUGGCGAUGCCGCUUCGUGGUAACCCAGGUUCCGUUAUGCAUUCUACGGACCAGCUGCGUGUCCUCAUGGCUCGCGUUGGAGACUUUGUUGGUCGUGAUCGGAAACGCAAGGAAGCACAGCAAAACGAUCCUGCAUCACUGGAACAGGCCUUCAAGGAUUGGAAUCAAUUGCUCGGCGAUUUCAACAGCUGGAAGAAGGCUCUUCCAACGUACUUCGAAGCUCGUGUGAUUCCAGGGACCUAUACACCAUUCGGAGAUGUGCUUGUCCAUCAGCAUCCAGCGAUUGCGACAAUUGCUACCAUGCAUCUUGCGAGUUUGCUCUGCUUGCACCGAUACCGGCCUGACUUGUCGCUCAUUCCAGCUGAGGCUGGCAAAGCGACAAUCAUGACAACCUAUCCAAUCAGUCAGAUGAUUUUGCGCAUGCUAUCUGGUAUCAUGGUCGAUGCUCUCAACAACAAAGAAGCUGAAGAAUCAUCACAUGUCAAAGCCAUGAUCAACUCUACCAUGCCGGCGUUCUUGGCUGGUACGAGCUUGCAGGACCCUGAUCAGCGCGAUUACCUCGAUCGUAUGUGCAAGGAUAUCUUCAGUUUCACUGGUUGGCGUACAGCGCUGCGUGUAUGUCAGGGUCUUGAUGUCGCCUGGGGUCGUGAAGCUCGAAAAUUCCAUGGUCUCGUCAAUACGGUCGAUUCAGACCCGACAAUUGUUCGCGAGACAGGCUCUCAAGCUGGAUCUCCAGGAGCACGCGGAAGCUUUGAUGGCUUGCCAUCCGGGAGUCAGGAGAUUGGAGUGAAGGUUGGUGGAGGAGCACCAGAGUCGCGGUUCGUGUUGCUUGACAAGUCUCAAGCUUUGAAUGCCGUAGUGGGUGUGCUCGGUCGGCUUACGCUUGUGAAGGAUGAAAGUCGGGAGCAGUCGUCCAUGUCAGCGUUUGACACUUCGCCCCGCGAUGGGCCUAUUGCGGUUGGGAACAACGCAUCCCAUGUGCACUUUUCUGCCUAUGGACCUUGA